AACACAAAAUCUUAAACGACAAACAAUUUCGGAGAAAAGGCCUAUUCGAAGUUCCAGUGCUGCUGCGUGAAAUUGGUCAGGAAAAUGUCUGGUGUUCUUGUGAAAAAUCGUCCAUCCCACAGCUUGGUGGGUGCUUGGAAAAACAAGUUAGAAUUCCGCCAAGUUUUCGAUUGGAUUUAUGGGAAUUUUGCCUCCCAGUCGACAUACCGGAAGUCCCUCAAUCGCCUGAAGAUGUGGAAGGGUCGCUUAAUGUCCCUCACACCUGGUGGCAUCAUGGCAACCCUCACAAUCCUCGAAGUUACGCUGAAAGACAAAGAGUCCAAUCUCGCAGAAAACGAUCUCCGGACAAUGUACUCCACGGCAAUUGUACGCUUCCUGAACUACAUCCACUCAACGACAAGGAGUGCCAAGUCACUCUACAGUGUGGCUAAGGAGCUGGGAUUGUCCCCGUAUGUAGUGGAUUUGAGGCAUUCAUGUUCCCAUGGGCAAACUAUGCCCUCCCUCAGGACCUUCCGGCAAGUCUUUUCUUACCUCCUGAACUGGCUAAAAUCCUUCUACUGGGAGCCUCAGCUGAGGAUCAUGCAGAAUGCCAAAAUAGAGGAUGUCAAAAGAAAUAACAAGACGGCUUUUGAGAGGACUCUCCGGAUGCUCUUUAUUGCCUAUGAUGGAGUCACUGAAGGAUUGCGCAGGAAGAAGGAAACCCUGGGAGAGAUUUCUCAAGAAAUCGUUAACAAGGAAUUCCUUCAAUGGGCAGAGAGUGCUUCUCAAGGGCAAAAGCUUCCUGAGAUCGCGGAAAAUCUGCUUUCCAGCAUCUUUGCGGCUGUCAGCGCUGAACAGCAAGUCCGGGAGAUCGCCCAACUCUUCACCGAAGCCUUCCUCGAGUGUGACAAUCUCAUAAAAUCCCCAGCAAUUGAAAAUGAAGCAGAAGACACAAUCAGUGUUACUGAGAUCCAUCAGAUGUUCUUCCGGAAGACUGCCGAAUGGGCUUUUAUCCCAAAUUGUCUCACUGCGCUAAUUGAUGUAGCAGAAGACCCCUUGGAGAAUCGCCCAAGGCGUCUAGGGGCAGCUUUCUGGUGUGAACGCCUGAUUGAGAGCUUCUUGGCAUUCCAGGAACUCAAGCGAGUCUACAAGAACAAUCGAGAUGCUGAUCCCACUGUCUCGCAUGAUUUCGCCUCAAUCAACUCCCACAAAGUCGAGAAAGUCCUCCUGGAGGCUUACGAGGAGAUGGGAAUCGUUCCGGAAACUUCUCUGAUCUUCAGUGAUUCCCAUCGACGUCCCUGGAGCUUGAGAUUUAGCCGGGAAUUCAUCAAGAAGAGAGCACUAUCAGCUUCGGAAGUGACAGUGAAAAUUCUUGAGAAUUGCUUCCAACUGGCAGAUCCUCCCUUUGAGGCCAAGGAGCAGGAGAAUCUCGUGAAAAUUGCCAAAAAAGUUUUCUCAUUGGAAGAAUCGGCAGAACCGCUGAACGAUGGAAAGAUCUAUACUCUGGAAGAUGUUCUGGGGAAGGACAAUGGAUCGAGCAAGCAGGAGAAAAACUAUGGAAUUUGGUCCGAAGCACCUUCAGAGAUCAAUUGGGGUUCCUUUCCCUUGGGACAAUUGCCGUGGUAGAAUAUUAUAAAAGACUGUAAUAUUUUUUCCUCAUAAUCCUUCAUGUCAUUCUUUAAAAAAUUAGGAUUUCAGAGCUACAGUGUAAUAAAUGAUUUUAUAAUUUCCAA